AAUCUAUAAACAGGAUUCGGUGGACCAUUGAAUUUCUCAAUACCCCACAAAUGUCUCCCCUCAAAAUCAUCAAAAAACACCAAAGCCACCUCAACAAUCCCUUCCCUUCCCCUCCACCAUCUCUCCCAUUCAUUCAAGGCAAUCUCUUUAUCCUUUCCAAAAUCCUACUUUCCCACCAAAUCUUCUCCAUUGGGAAGGAUUUUGAGCUUCGUUGGGGCAGUGAAAAUGGUGGGGUUUUCUCCAUUUUUCACCGGUCUCAUCCUGCAAAAUCCCUGUGGUCUACCAUUCCUGGCAAAGCUUUUGUGUCUGCUGCAGUGGCGGAAACUGAGGUGGAGGAAAGCAGGGGAUCCUUUGCCGUAAAAGAUGGAGAUGUUCAUUUUGUGUGUCAUCAUCAGACUGUUGAAUAUAUAGGAGUGAUCAAUGAACAUGAUGCUGAAGUUCAUGAUUUUCCAUCUGGCUAUUUGGGAUUAGACCUUAGAAAGGACCUGCAAGGUGCAGAAUUCCCCGUUCUGCUAAUCACUGGAUGCAUUUUCAGCAGGAAGAAGAACAACAGGCCUCACGAUUUAGACAUAAAUAAGGAUAUACGGUUCGAGACCAAGGUACCUUCUGUUUCUGCAAGGUAUUGGGUCCUGUUCGAUGAAAAGAAUAGUAACCAAAUUGGAUUCAAAGUGAAGAUUGGACAGCCAGAAUUUGAGUUGCCCCAGAGAGCUUCCCCAACAGGAAGAUACCAACGCUUGAGGGGGAAACUGAGGCAGUUUUGGAAAAGGAAGGUAGUAGGAUGGUGGUGGUUCUUUACAAGGCCAAGAGCUUUUGUGACAGCUUCCUUAUCGGAGGAGGAACUACGAGAGUUGAAUGCUGCUGCUGCAGGUUCCACUGAGUUCAACAGGGUUUGCUUCACGUAUGCAAGUGAAGGAAAUGAGAGAUUUUUUGGGUUCGGAGAGCAGUUCUCUCAUAUGGAUUUUAAAGGCAAAAGGGUGCCUAUUUUUGUUCAAGAACAGGGAAUUGGAAGGGGAGAUCAACCUGUUACUUUUGCAGCUAAUUUGGUCAGCUACAGGGCAGGAGGUGAUUGGAGUACAACUUAUGCUCCUUCUCCUUUCUACAUGACAUCCAAGAUGAGGUCUCUUUACUUGGAAGGAUACAACUAUUCUGUAUUUGACCUAACAACACAAGAGAGAGUCCAAAUACAGAUACAUGGAAAUGCAAUUCAAGGACGGAUAUUGCACGGAAACUCACCCACUGAGAUCAUUGAGCACUUCACAGGAGCCAUUGGGAGGCCCCCUGAGCUCCCUGAAUGGAUAAUAUCUGGAGCUGUGGUCGGAAUGCAGGGUGGCACAGAAGCUGUACGCUGCGUGUGGGAUGAAUUGAAAAAAUAUAAGGUUCCCAUUUCAGCAUUCUGGUUGCAGGUAAUGCCAGUGCCCAAUUAAACCUUUGUAUGUCCCGGGUGAAAUGGUUUAAGAAAUUCUAGACCAUUGUGUACCUGUUUUCAUUGACCUUUUGUUGAGUAGGACUGGGUUGGGCAAAGAGAAACAUUUAUUGGGUCACAACUAUGGUGGAACUGGGAAGUGGACACAACAAGGUACAAAGGAUGGAAACAGCUGGUUAAAGAUCUGAGUGCUCACUAUAUCAAAGUGAUGACAUACUGCAACCCUUGUCUGGCUCUGGUACUUAUCUUGUUCACU